AUGUACUCCACCGUUGCACAGCUAGCCCGGACGAACCCGUUCAAUGCACCACAUUUCCAGUUGGGACAGGAAUGUGUGACUUUAAGGAAGAAAAACACUCCAGAGAUCCAACCUGUCCGACACCUUGCUGCUGCAGCUACUGUUGAUGAGGAAUAUAGCUGUGCUUAUGGAUCUGCAAAAUUCUUUGCUCUUUGUGGCUUUGGUGGAAUCAUAAGCUGUGGUACAACUCAUACUGCUGUGGUCCCAUUAGAUCUGGUUAAAUGCAGAAUUCAGGUGGAUCCCCAAAAGUACAAGAGCAUUUUCAAUGGGUUUUCUGUAACUCUUAAGGAAGAUGGUGUCCGUGGACUUGCAAAGGGAUGGGCCCCAACAUUUAUUGGGUAUUCCAUGCAAGGCUUGUGUAAAUUUGGAUUUUAUGAAGUCUUCAAGAUCUUGUAUUCUAACCUUCUAGGAGAGGAAAAUUCCUAUAUGUGGCGUACAUCUGUGUACCUAGCUGCUUCUGCUAGUGCUGAGUUCUUUGCAGAUAUUGCACUGGCUCCAAUGGAAGCUGCAAAAGUCCGUAUUCAAACACAGCCGGGAUAUGCAAAUACCUUGCGACAAGCGGCACCCAAGAUGUAUGCUGAAGAAGGAAUCUGGGCGUUCUACAAAGGAGUUGCUCCUCUCUGGAUGAGGCAGAUUCCAUACACCAUGAUGAAGUUUGCUUGCUUUGAACGUACAGUUGAAGCACUGUACAAAUAUGUUGUACCCAAGCCAAGAAGUGAAUGUUCAAAGUCCGAACAGUUGGUUGUGACAUUUGUUGCUGGCUAUAUUGCUGGUGUGUUCUGCGCCAUCGUCUCCCAUCCUGCUGAUUCAGUGGUGUCUGUGUUGAACAAAGAAAAGGGAAGCACUGCUCUGGAAGUCCUUAAAAGGCUUGGACCAAAAGGUGUCUGGAAGGGGCUGACUGCCCGUAUCAUCAUGAUUGGUACCUUGACCGCACUGCAGUGGUUUAUCUAUGACUCUGUGAAGGUCUACUUUAGACUUCCUCGUCCUCCUCCCCCUGAGAUGCCAGAGUCUCUGAAGAAGAAGCUUGGCUUGACCCAGUAA